CCCGCUGCUGCUUGGCUACAUUGUAUCGGUUCCCACACGGAGAAGCAGCGCGGCGCUCAUCCAGAAACGGCGAACACGGAGGAAUUAACCUGCAUGGAAAGCUACUCGCUGUGGGAUUAAUCGGCAGAAAAGGUCGCGGGAGAAGCACCGGACUCGCGUCGGGCUCGAAACGGCGCCGAUCAAACAUGCGCUCGGGACUCGGCUGUUGUCGCUGCGGACGGUAUCUCGAAGUGUGAUGGCAGAAGUCCAGUGAAUCGCUGGCCUCCCCUCCUCUCUUGUGUUGGAUGUCUUGGGGAGUGCGCUGCCUCUGCUGCUUCGGAUUUCCUAAGAGCCUAUUCUUUUAUUCCGAUUCAAACCACCGUUACUCUGAUUUACUCCAGGGCGCACACCACCAUGGACGGACUACGGUUUGGAAUAGGAGUGUCUAGCUAAGUCGGACAAAAUGUGGUUAAAUGGGACAGGAACGAGUAGACCGUGAGGAUUCUCUAACCCUAGUCCCCAAGUCCCAGCCGAGUAAGAGGGUGUCGGAGCUCACUGAGGCAAUCCUGGGCCGUUGGCACUAAAAUGUCCCUAAGUGGUGGCACUGCAGGCGGGAAAGGUGUGGACUCUAAUGCGGUGGACACUUAUGACAGCGGGGAUGAGUGGGAUAUUGGUGUUGGAAAUCUGAUUAUUGACCUUGACGCUGACUUAGAGAAGGACAAACUUGAGAUGUCUGGCACCAAGGACGGCAUGGCGGCACCACCCAGUGCAGUGGCAGCGUUGCCCGACAACAUCCGGUUCGUUAGUCCAGUGUCUGGCUCUCAAGGCAAGGAGAGCAAAUCCAAAUACAAGCGCAGCAAGAACUCUAAAGACAAUAGUAGCAAAGCUUCAGCUGGAGAUGGGGGCAAAAAAGAAACCACAGGACGGACUCAAGGCGAGCCGACUGGCACGGCAGCGAGCGCAGCGGCUGCCGGCAACAAUUCCACCGCUGGGAAAAACAUGGAAAAAGGGGGCAAAGCCUCCAGAGGUGUUCUCAGUGGGAAAAAGGAGAAGGAAGGGGCUAGUGGGAAAAGUAAGAAGGACAAAACAGAUGGCGCCCCGGUCGUGGCGAUAGGUGUCGCAGAGAAGGAUGUCGUGUCUCAAGCCCAAGUUGCUCUGGGGAAUAGUCGUAACACAUCCUUUGAGAACACACAAUCAACAGACUUGGCUGAUGCCAGUCAAAUGGGGAAUAUUGCACUUGAACCUGUUGGGAUAGUACCAGCACUGACCGCGAAAACUGAACCCGAGGACGUGGAGAAUGGUAGUACUGAAUGCAAGACGUUAAAGAAGGUGAAGAAUGAGAAGACGGAGUCUCCUGUUUCCACGCCGGCUCCUCCUCCCCUCCACAUCCUGGCCGCCGUGGGCAACAGUGAGAUCGCCUCGCCGUGUGAGCAGAUCAUGGUGCGCACGCGCUCGGUGGCGGUGAACACGUCCGAUGUGGCGCUGGCUACGGAGCCUGAGUGCUUGGGGCCCUGCGAGCCCGGAACCAGUGUCAACCUGGAAGGCAUCGUGUGGCAGGAGACUGAAGAUGGCAUGCUGGUGGUCAAUGUUACCUGGAGGAACAAGACAUAUGUGGGCACACUGUUGGACUGCACACGGCAUGACUGGGCUCCCCCCAGGUAAGCAGCCGGUUCACUUCAGUUCAGUUAAAGAAAGCAUAUUCUGCACACUGUUCAUGUGAUUAUUU